UGUAUGUGCGUAUGAGUCUUGCGUCCUUUUAGCUAUAGUUCAUAUUUUUGAUAAUAUUCAACUUGAAUGAACUGAUCCGGUUAGCACCUGCUUUUUCAUCUCUCCAAACAAGACAGCACCAUGGCUAAAAUUGGGAGACUCUCCACGAAAGAUGCAGUGCUGUUCCUUUGUGACAUGCAGGAGAAGUUCAGACCAAAUAUUUUUCAAUUUACCAACAUAGUCAGUAAUGCAGCCCGAUUGCUCCAGGCCAGUCGGAUUUUGGGGAUCCCUCCUAUUCUGACAGAGCAGUAUCCUAAAGGGCUGGGACCCACUGUACCUGAACUAGGAGCACAGGACUUAACCGCCUAUGCUAAGACAUCUUUCACCAUGAUGAUAGAAGGGGUGGAGAAGCAGCUACAGGAACUGGGGAACCCCAAACAGAUCAUCCUCUGUGGAAUAGAGGCUCACGCUUGUAUUGCGUGCACAGCAUAUGACCUGCUUGAAAAAGGAUUGGAGGUGCACAUUGUAGCAGAUGCAGUUUCAUCCAGAAGUCAAACAGAUAGACUUUUUGCCCUCUCUCGUCUGAAGCAGAGCGGCGCGUUCCUCACCACGACAGAGGCAGUUCUGCUGCAGCUCGUUCAAGAUGCAAAACACCCAAAUUUCAAAGAGAUCCAGAAGCUGAUGGCUCAUCCCUCUCCUGACACAGGCCUCCUCGCUUUCUUCAGUGCUCUUUAAAAAGUUAAUGUUUUUAUUGUAAAAGAAAUGAUUAAGUUCUUUAAUAAAUCAUAGCUG